AUGCAUCAAAAUUUAGUUCUCGAAACCUACAUCACGCACAUUCGAAUCAUUGAGUAUUCCUCCCACCCGUCAAGUCCCCCACCACUGCAAGCUCGAUCUCCCGAAUCCGAAAAGCCUCGAGUUAUUAUUGUAGCAGUACGAAAAUCAGGUCGAGUUCGCAUGCAUAAAUCAAAAGAAAAUGCCAACGGAACAUUUUCAAUCGGCAAAACUUGGAAUCUUGAUGACCUGAGCCACAUCGAGUCCUUCACUGGACCUCAGGUGAACCCCAGCAAUCGGGAAUGGGGCGGCGAUACUGGCUUCCUGGUGACACUUGGCAAGCCAUACUACUGGCAGGCCCAGACCGACAAGGAAAAGAAGUUCUUUAUUGCCAGCUUAAUCAAGAUCUAUGGAAAAUAUACCGGUGGCAAGGUCCCCGAGCUGGCUGGCUUCGACCAGAAAGAGCUGGAACAAGUGGUAGGAGCCGGAAGACGACCUGCUACUGGACCUGCACCACGACCGCCUCCACUGGAGCAGACUCCUAGCCAGCAAAGUGUAGCGUCAGGUUCGUCAGCUCCGAGUAUUCCACCGGGUUCCUCAGCUCCGCCUCCGGCGCCAUCGGCGCCAUCGGCUUCAUCAGGCACGCCUGAUCCCAUCCGCUUCCAGAAGAGCCCUGCAGCUAUGCGACCACCGAUGAAUGGCAGCAACUCGCCUGCGGGGAGUUUCGACUCAGCCAUGUCAAGGGAUCGCACAGGUCCAAGGUGGACAAAUCAGCAAAACAAGAGUCAGGAUUCUGUGGCCAACUCGUUUACCACCGCAAGAAGCGAAGAUACGUCAAGUCAACCGCCUCGUUCUCGUAAUGGCAUGAAUGGGCCCGCAGCAUUUGGACGAUUUGGCGAACCCCGAGAACCGUCUGAACCACCACAAGAACCACUUCCUACGCCUCCCCCGCAAGGUCCGCCUCAAGCUGAAGGCAAACCACCGCCGGAGAGACGGCGGCCGCCAAUGGAUCCCUCAAGGCCUCAAGACCGCGAUCUUGUCCCUCCACCGCUGAAUAGUCCAACAGCAAGAAGGGAACCUGUCGCUCCACCACCUAGGAGCAGUGAUAGGAUGUCACCCAGAAAAGACACGAGCCAGCCACCACCAUUACCAGCAGACCGAGCCAUACCUUCUCCUGCCGUACCGCCGCUGGAUAAGUCCAAAUCGGAGAGUGCCAAACCCGAACCACCCCCAGAACCAACCAACAACUCCACAAUCUCAUUGCCGGCAUCAACUGCGAGCGACGUUGGUGCUGUUCCUGAACCAGCGGCUGAUCCAGAUGAAGACGUGCGACCGGGUUUGGGUCCAAUGAUUCGACAGAAGAAGUCAAAGGGUGACAUUGCUGGGGUGCUCUGGAAAGCUGCCUCAGCUGCUUCGGCAUUUCGUCCAAGACCUGGCGGUGCUGGAGACCGUUUGCGCCAGGCGCAAAUCAAGUCCGAAGGACCUGAUGGCAUAACUGGCGUUGUGCCUGCACCACCCAGGCCAGUCACUCCUGAGGUUCCUAAACCUGCGGAUACACCAAAGCAAAGCCCGAAGCCCGCACCCAUCGUUACCCAAACCCCGGUUCCAGCCCCUGCCGGAGAAGUUCCAGAGGUUACCCUUACUAUUCCAAACUCCAGCCAAUCCACGGUUGUUGAGCCAGGCAAGGCUAAAGAAGACAAGAAGGAAGAGGCGCCCAAAGAAGCACCUCGAAGAUCUGUUGUGACAGGAAACGACGCGAAGUAUCUGCAGAGUCUCGGUAUCGACCCAAGUCUUCUCGAUGACAGAAGUGAGGAAUUUGGCAAGUGGCUAGACUAUUUUGGCUGGGUACCCGGGCAGGGAAUGCGGUCCCAUUCCUCAGAGGACAUGAAGGCAGAUUUGGAACGAGAGAUCAACAAAGCGCAAGCUGGUGGUUGGCUCGCCAGGUUCCAGGAGGAAGAUGAUCGAGUCGAAGCGAUCAAACGAGGCAUCGACUUGGCCAUGGGAGAGUGCGAAGAGCUGGACAAUCUGCUCACGCUCUACUCUGUCGAACUUUCGACUCUGUCGGAAGAUAUUACGUACAUCGAAGCUCAGGGCCAGGGCCUGCAAGUUCAAACAGCGAAUCAAAAGCUUCUAAAGAAAGAAUUGGAGUCACUCCUAGAGACAUGCGCCAUUACAUCUGGAGACCUAGAAGCUCUGCGCCUUGCACCCUUGGACAACCUUCGGGGCCUCGAGGACGUUGAGGCAGCCCUCGUUACACUUUUCAAAGCCAUGGUCAAAAUUGACCCGUCAUUGGGCGGUGUUGAGCCAACACCAAGUGCCCAACCCAAGGCUGAUCAGACGCCUGCGUUCAAUACCGACUAUGACAAUAUGAGAAUCGUGCAAGAAAAGAAGGAAAUGUACCUUCAAGAAAGCGCAUACUUUAUGCGACGACUAAUUGAGUUUAUGGGCCGACAGUUCGAUGAGUCGUACGCUGGCACAAAACGUGCGCUUGAAGGCGCUCUCUCCAAGAAAGUAGACGCCUCUCAUUACGAUGCCGGCCGGGAGUUCCUCUGGAAGUAUAGUCCCCUGAUGUUGUACGCGCGUGACGUUGAUCUGGACAACUGGAAUCGCCUUCUCCAGGUCUAUCAGGACAAGAGUCACCCGUUGUACAAGGGCCAGUUCCAAAAUGUCAUCAACAUUUGGCGCAAGAAUGCUAGAAAAAUGACAGGAGAAGAAACCGAAUUGCUCUUCUCGUCGCAGGUCGAGAAGCAACAGGAAGGUGUCGCGACGGCGGCCAGAAAGAUGACAGUGAAGCGUAGUCAAACAUUGGCCAGAGCUCUCCGGUCGCCCCUGGCAGACAACAGCAACCGUUCCAGCACAGAGAAGUCACCCACCACCACCGAUAGCAGAAGUUUCCCGUAUGAGGUGUUCUCUGGUGUACUGGACGAUUUGCUACCGCUGGUUGAGAUGGAACAGAACUUCAUUAUUGACUUCUUUCACGCCACUACUUUGGAACAGGGCGACUUUACUGAUACUGUAGCUGUAAACGCACCUCGAGAUCGCCGCGGAGGUGACUUGAAGCGUCACCGUCUUAUGGAGCCAGAUCGUGAACUGGCUCGAAGAGUGACUCGUUCCAUGGAGGUGAUCUUUGCCUUCCUCGAGUCCGAGCUGCAGCGGCUCAUGGAAUGGGUCAUUGCGCAAGAUCCCUUACAAGGCGUUGGUAUUCUGGCCGUGCUUGAAAAGAAGCUAUCCGAAAUCAGCCAGUCUAACCAAGAUUACUUGAACACAUUACUGCAAAAGCUUCACAGCUUGCUAGAAGGUCGUUUUAGCAAGUUUGUCGAAGAACAAAUCAAGGCAAUUGAGGAAACGAAAGUCAAGAUCAAUAAACGGAAGGGGGUUAUUUCCUUCUUCCGGGUUUUCCCAGCCUUCAUGACGGCUGUCGAGAAUAUGGUCAGCGGGCUGGAUCCGAACCUGGCCCUACGACGUAUGAUCAACCGCGAGUACGAACGCAUUCUCAAGUCCAUGUUUGACUCGCUCAUGGUCAUUGCCCGAGAGCGGCCCGCCGUUGUUGGUGUGGCGACGGGCGGUGCUGAUCCUGAGGACAAGGAAGCACUCAACUUCCAUAUUCUUCUCAUUGAGAACAUGAACCACUUCCUAGAGGACACGGACACUCGCGGUCUGGAAAUUCUGGAAGAGUGGAAGGACCAAGCCAACACCGAGUAUCACGAGCACAUGGACCUGUACCUUGGUGCUGUUAUGCGCAGACCCCUCGGCAAGCUCCUGGACUACCUCGAAAACAUUGAAGCACAAAUACAGACGGGGAAGUCUCCUACCGCUAUUGCACGGCAGCCAUCCAAUGACAGGGCCAUAUUCAACAAAAUUCUCGGCAACUUUGACUCGAAAGAAGUCCGCAAGGGCAUUGAAGCCUUGCGAAAACGGGUUGAGAAACACUUUGGUGAUGCCGACGACCCUGCUCUCAGCCGUGCUCUUGUGGCCAAGGUGACUUCUGAGUGCGAGAAGUUCUACCUCGAUGUGGAGACUAGAAUCGGCGAGGUAACGACGAACGUGUAUGGUGGCGAUGUACCAUUUGAGUGGCCUAGGGCAGAUGUCAAGAUGGCCUUUAGGUAG